CUAGCAAAGUUGUACUUCCGCUAAUGGCGGCUGCAUCGUAUUUUUUUCCCCCUUGGAAGUAAACAGUAAACUCUAGCUCCUAACCACGGCUCCCAAGUAAAGUGGGGCAUAAAAAAUGUCAUAUUAACAAAAGAAGCUCAACAAGUGCAAUGUUCUCACUGUGCCGGUCGGCGCUUCAGCGUGUCAUCUUCACGCCCGCUCUGAAGACCUCUCUCAGCCCAUCAUUUAAUCUCGUUCAAGAAACUCUGAACGCAAACUUCGCGACAUCACCUGUCACCUUCAAAGAACCAAUUCCGACUCCUCGAAAAUGGCCUUCGCAGAACAAGAUAGUAUACCCUCCUCAACAACCCGGAGAACCCCGACGCGAGGCCUGGGUAUGCCACUAUAGAAACCAGAUCAAAUAUUCUCCAAAGAAGCUCCUCGCCCUCUCGCAGUUCGUCCGCGGCAUGUCUGUAGACGAGGCCAUUAAGCAGCUUGAAUUCAUCCACAAGAAAGGUGCAAAAGUCAUGAUAGAAGUCUUGAAGGAAGCCCAGGAGAUGGCCGUGAGGGACCACCACGUAGAAUACAAGUCAAACUUGUGGGUUGCAGAUUCGUUUGUGGGGAAAGGACAGUACAUAAAAGGAUUGCGGAGAAAUGCGCGGAGGAGGAUCACAAUUUUGAAGUACAGGUACUGCCACUACUUUGUGAGGCUGGUGGAAGGCAAACCACCGGAGUACAUUUACAGCCCACCCAAGACUGCAGAAGAUAAGCUGAAAGAGUACAUGCAAGAGCUGCGAGAUAGGCGCAUUACCCACGGGAUGUAGGGCAAUUUUGGAAUGUAGCUUAGUAAACCAGGUUCUGUGCUUGG